AGCAAAGCGCGGACGACUGGCGGCGGCCGAGGCACUUCCCUUCUUCGCCGCCGGAGCUGACGGACCGCCGCCGGGAAAGGCGGAGAAGACGAAAGGGGCUAUCAUGAUGCGGCUCCGCAGCCCUGCGCUGCUGAGGGACCUGCUCUGGCUCAGCCAGGCCGGCACCGGAGGGCUCAGCUGUUGCCGUCGCUCGGCGCUGAGGUGGCUCCAUCCCGCCUGGCCCGGCGUAGCCGCUGGCCGCUUGCCUUUGCGGCUCAUGCCCGGGGCUGCCGCCGCCGCCGCCGUUGCCUCCCGCUCCUUGUGCACCAGCUCCGAGGGCAUCUUGGAGCAGACUGGCAAGGGCCCUCCGGCCCAGCAACCGCCGGCACCUACCGCGUCCGCCUUGAUGCCCGUCUCGGCCCCCGGGCAGAACAGCCACAACGCGGCAGCAAGCAAGGAAGCAGGCGUCUUGGGGGAAAAUAAAGGAGGUUUGUUGCCUAGCUUGGAAGAUUUGCUCUUCUAUACUAUUGCAGAAGGACAAGAAAAAAUACCAGUUCAUAAGUUCAUCACAGCUUUAAAAUCUACAGGUUUACGAACAGCUGAUCCGAGACUGAAAGAAUGCAUGGAUAUGUUAAGAUUGACGCUUCAGACAACAUCAGAUGGUGUCAUGCUAGACAAAGAACUCUUUAAAAAAUGUGUCCAAAGCAACAUUGUGUUACUAACUCAGGCUUUCAGACGAAAAUUUGUCAUUCCUGAUUUUGUGUCAUUUGCCUCUCACAUUGAUGAGUUAUAUGAAAAUGCUAAAAAACAGUCAGGAGGGAAGUCUUUAUGUCAUCAAAAGUCCAUUAAGGUUGCGGACUAUAUCCCACAACUGGCUAAAUUCAGUCCUGAUUUAUGGGCAGUGUCUCUUUGCACAGUCGAUGGGCAGAGGCAUUCCAUCGGAGAUACCAAAGUCCCAUUUUGUCUUCAGUCCUGUGUAAAGCCUUUGAAGUAUGCUAUUGCUGUUAAUGAUCUUGGUACUGAUUAUGUACAUAGAUAUGUUGGUAAAGAACCUAGUGGACUAAGAUUCAACAAACUGUUCCUCAAUGAAGAUGACAAACCUCAUAAUCCUAUGGUGAAUGCUGGAGCAAUUGUGAUCACCUCUUUGAUCAAGCAAGGAGUAAAUAAUGCUGAGAAGUUUGACUAUGUGAUGCAGUUCAUGAAUAAAAUGGCUGGAAAUGAAUAUGUCGGUUUCAGUAAUGCCACAUUCCAGUCUGAAAGAGAGAGUGGAGACAGAAACUUUGCAAUAGGCUAUUAUCUGAAAGAGAAAAAGUGUUUUCCAGAGGGAACGGAUAUGGUUGGCAUAUUGGACUUCUAUUUCCAGCUGUGCUCCAUAGAAGUGACUUGUGAAUCUGCUAGUGUCAUGGCAGCCACCCUUGCCAAUGGCGGCUUUUGCCCCAUCACUGGUGAGAGAGUCCUAAGUCCUGAAGCAGUUCGGAACACUCUAAGUUUGAUGCAUUCAUGUGGCAUGUAUGACUUCUCGGGACAGUUUGCCUUCCAUGUGGGUCUUCCUGCAAAAUCUGGAGUUGCUGGUGGCAUUCUUUUGGUUGUUCCUAACGUUAUGGGCAUGAUGUGCUGGUCACCUCCGCUAGACAAGAUGGGCAACAGCGUUAAGGGGAUUCACUUUUGUCAUGAACUGGUUUCUUUGUGCAACUUUCAUAAUUAUGAUAACCUGAGGCAUUUUGCAAAGAAGCUUGAUCCUCGGAGGGAAGGUGGUGAUCAACGAGUGAAGUCUGUCAUCAAUCUUCUGUUUGCUGCAUAUACAGGAGACGUGUCUGCCCUUAGAAGGUAAAAUUGAUCUCAGAAGGAAAUGUUUGCUUGAGACGGUUACACUUUAAAAAAAAAACAUCUCUGUUGCAAUUCUGUGUGUAUGUAUCAGUCUUUCUCAAUUCAUACAUGCAUGUGCACUUGUCAAAAUAAAUAUGGGAUCAAAAGGACCUUUUCCCCCAGAAUUAAAGCAAACCCCCCCCCCAAAAUCUGAUUCACUAAAGUAGAGAAUCCUUUCCUCCUAUGGAGAAGAUUAAUCCAAACAAUUGGUCAGAAUAAAUAGGACAAACUUUAUUUUAUCCCAGUUCCCUUGCAGAAGAGAGUUGAUUUCUUAACAUGCCCAUGUAUUUCCCCUGCUCCUCCAAAGUUUUCCUCCAUUGUGAAGACAGAAAGACUCCCCAAGUCAAGCUUGAUUACUGCUAAUAGCGGGACACACACACACACACAAACACACACAGAAAACUACUGAUUUUGGGGCAUUUUAAUUUCUUUCUCAAUCUACUACCUGGCUCAAAUUGCCUAGGGCUUUUCCAUUCAAGCACUGUCUGGAUUUGAUCUGCCUUGCUUUGGAGGAAUCCUGUCAGCCUUAGUCUAGACAGAAAGCACAACCAGAUAGAUUAAUUUUACUUUAUUGCAAUUCUGUUACAUUAACAGAAUCCCGCGAGUCUCAAAAUGCAUCUCUCUCUCCCAGCCAUAGCCCCAUUUUUACAGACCAAGAAACUCUUCUGAGAUGUUUGCCCUGCCCACAUUCCUUUUGCAUGCUAAACUGCUUCUUGUCUGGUUGUGGCUCUUCCUCUUGUCUCCUAAGGUCAUUCCCACAUAUUAUCUCAAACCUGCCAAGCAGAGGUGGUUUUCUACCGGUUUGGACUGGUUUGCCCAAACCGGUAGCGGAAAUUGUGGGUAGGCUUGCCCACCCAUCCUGGCUCCUAUUUAGGGACAUUUUUUUUCUGAGCAAAGCGCAUGCGUUGGAGGCCGGGCACAUGUGUGGACAUUUGCAAACUGGUAGGGAAGGUAAGUGAAAACCAACCCCGCUGCAAAGGUGAUUUAAGCAUUACUACCUGCUGUCCAUAGACUGCUUGCCUAGUGGGGAAAUCAGUUCAAAAUAUAUGUCAACUGCUCUCAAAGCUGGAGGUGGGAAGUGGGACAUUUGAGGAGCAGAACAGUCAGAUCAGAGGAAAAUCUAAGGAAAUGGGCCAUAGUAAAAACGAUGUGGUUGUUCUGCCUUUAUUUUAGCACCUUAGUUGAUCAGGCUGCCUCUGUAUUAUCCCAGUGAUUGAAAUAAAUAAAAAUGGAUUGCUUGGUUGCUCUGGAAUGCUUGGAAACUUACUGUGAACUCAGUCUGCCCAAGGCCCCCAGAUUUUGCUGAGUUCCAAAUAGAGUAAAGGCCUGUAAGCUGUCUUUCUAUAUAUGGCUGUCUGAUGGCUGGAUAAGCCAUUAUUAGUUAAAGAAAAAGAGGAUUUGAUACAGUGGUGGGUUUCA